UGCGCACAAAAUGAAACAUUUCACAACCCGACCAGAAUUUCAUUCGAGCAUUUUCAUCCGAGUCCGAUUGACCAACACUGAUAUCUCUUGAACGGAUGCGAGAGAGGCACAAUGGGGGUCUCCAUUCUGAUAUUGCUUCUGGCAUUAACGUUGACCCAUGGAAGCAGCAAAGGGGCUCAGGAAGAUUAUCCUGAAGCAGUAGAUGCAAAUAGUUUGAGAGAUGUUGGCACACGCGGUCCCAUAGUUGAAGUGAAGAGAUCAACAGCUAAUGGACAACGUGGGUUCCUAGCUGAAAAAAAGAGGUCGAUCGCUAUUGGUUCACCACGUCCCCCAGAGUUCCUAGCUGAAAAAAAGAGAUUGACUGCUAUUGAGCCCUUAGGUCCUCUAGCUAGAGCAAAGAGAUCAAGAGCUAUUAGUCUUUCAUGUCCACAAUGCUUCCUAGUUGGAAAAAAGAGGUUAUUAGCUAUUGGUACAGCAGUUCCCCCAGGGUUCCUAGCUGGAAAAAAGAGGUCGAUCGCUAUUGGUCCACCAGGUCCCCCAGGGUUCCUAGCUGAAAAAAAGAGAUUGACUGCUAUUGAGCCCUUAGGUCCUCUAUCUAGAGCAAAGAGAUCAAGAGCUAUUGGUCUUUUAUGUCCAUUCUGCAUCCUAGCUGGAAAAAAGAGGUCAUCAGCUAUUGGUACAGCAGUUCCCCCAGGGUUCCUAGCUGAAAAAAAGAGGUCGAUCGCUAUUGGUUCAUCACGAACCCCAGGGCUCCUCGCUGAAAAAAAGAGAUUGACUGCUGUUGAGCCCUUAGGUCUUCUAGCUAGAGCAAAGAGAUCAAGAGCUAUUGGUCUUUCAUGUCCAAGAUGCUUCCGAGCUGGAAAAAAGAGGUCAUCAGCUAUUGGUGCAACACGUACCCCAGGGUUCCUAGCUGAAAAAAAGAGGUCAUCAGCUAUUGGUGCAACACGUACCCCAGGGUUCCUAGCUGAAAAAAAGAGGUCAUCAGCUAUUGGUGCAACACGUACCCCAGGGUUCCUAGCUGAAAAAAAGAGGUCAUCAGCUAUUGGUGCAACACGUACCCCAGGGUUCCUAGCUGAAAAAAAGAGAUCGACAAGGUGAAGAGAUCAGCAGUUAAUGAUUAUUCAGCAGUAGCCGAAGCAACGCUCUUGGUACCAAGUCAGCAUGGAUAUUCGCCCAAUAGUGGUACAAAUUAGUAGAAGAUUUUUCCAGUAUCGAUCAUGUGGAGAAUAUGUUCAUCUGCCUGCCCAAGGAUUGUCCAUCAGCAUAUAAGGAAUGUAGUUUCUUCUGAAAUAAAUCAGCAAUACCCAA